CGCGGGUUGGUCUGUGGUAUACAUUGACUGGUAGGGGUCUGACGUCUCUCCCGUCUUUUUCCUUUACUGGCUUCGUCCUCCGAGUCAUUACUCCCCGACCCGAACAACUGCUCUGCACCACAGUACAACCUCAACAUCGCCACAAGGUUGCUGCUUUUCCUCUCACCUUCCGCCUCAGAACACUAGCUCCGCAGUGUCGAUCGGUCCAUUCUUAAGGGAUCCCUUGAGUGCCCCAUACUCACGUGUCCAGACCGACACAAUGGCUCACAACACCGAGAUUGUUCAGGCCUGGGUAACUUCGGACCCCAUUGUUCCACUAAGCUCGAGCGUUGAGCAUAUCAACUACAAAAAUCUUAAGCCGGAAGACAAGGAACGUGUGCACCAGAUGGUUGCAGACCAGCUAGGCAUAGAGCGCCCACAAGGAUAUACUGUAUCCUUCCACUACAACCCAAAAGUCGAGCAGCACCACUUCGGUAGCAAACACCCGAUGAAACCCUGGCGUCUACAGCUCACCAAGCAGCUCGUUUUCGGUUAUGGAUUGCACUAUGCCAUGGAUCUGAAUGAGUCUCUACCGGCGGAGCAUCGGGAUCUGGCCGAAUUCCACGAUAACGACUACCUCAAUUUCCUGCAAUACAUCAAAAGCGACGACCAGACGCAAAAGCGUCACCAGGAGGAGCUCAACCGCUACGUUUUCACUGAUGAAUUCAACGAUUGUCCUAUUUUUGACGGCAUCUGGGAUUACGUGACCUUGUGCACAGGUGCCACACUCGAAGCGGCACAUGCAUUGUCUAGCGGCGAAUCGAACAUCGCAAUUAGCUGGUCGGGCGGCCUACACCAUGCGAAGAAACGCCAAGCGUCUGGUUUCUGCUAUGUCAACGACAUCGUGUUAGCUAUCCAGCACCUGUUGCAGUCUUACACGCGUGUUCUGUACAUCGAUAUCGAUGUGCACCAUGGCGACGGCGUCGAAGCAGCUUUCUUCAAUACGGACCGCGUCAUGACCCUGUCCUACCACAAAUACGGUGAAUUUUUCCCUGGCACUGGUGGGCCUGACGACAGUGGCCCCAAGGGCUUUGAAGAGCCCGGCGCCUACUUCAGCCUCAACGUUCCGCUGGAGGAUGGAAUCGAUGACUCAGACUAUGGGUGGCUGUUCCGCAAGGUGACUGGAAAAACUAUCGAGGUCUUCAAACCUGAAGCAAUCGUGCUCCAAUGCGGCGCAGAUUCACUGGGUGGUGAUCGACUGGGCAAAUUCAACCUCAAUAUCAAGGCGCAUGGAUCAUGUGUCGAGUACGUGAAGAGUAGGAACCUGCCCCUGCUAAUGCUUGGUGGCGGCGGGUACACGCCUCGAAAUGUCGCACGCACCUGGUGUCAUGAGACGGCCGUGGCAUGCAACGUCCAACUCGGAUCGGACGACGGACGAGCUUCGUCUAUAGAGAUACCAAACUUCGUGCCCUAUCGGGCAGCCUUCGAAGGCGCAGGAAACGGCAAUGGCCUUUUGUACCCAGAGCUCAAUAUCCGGAAGUUGCAGCACCCAAAGACUUAUACGAGGGAAGACCUGGAAAAUACGGCAGCCAGGUGCCUUGAGCAAUUGAGGCACAUAGAAGGGCAUCCGAUCCUGAACUUUACAACGUUCGUGCCGAAACUCGAUAAAUUGUUGAAGGCGCGAAAGGAACUGGACGUUGAGAUAAGAGAAGAGCUUGAGGACCGAGGGCUUCAGGACGAAUUGAAAAGGAGAAGGAUGGAGAGGAAUACGGGUGGAAGAAGAGAGUAUAGGUGAUAGGGCUCUUGUGCCUGCUUACGGUCGGUGUAGCUGAGAAAUACAUGUGGCCCGGUGAACAACGAAAAAGUAGACUGCUCUCCACAAAAGAUGUCUUUCCUGCACCAUGGAAGGCAGAUGAUCCUCUAAUGUCAUAUUGAUUCGGCAUUGGAGCUCAACAAGCCUACUGUGAGGCAUAUCUUCUUUUACACGGCAAGUUCUAACUUGCCUAACCAUGAAAAAGAAGUACUCGUGAGUAUUAUUCGCAACCAAGUAUGCUAAUUCUGUAGUCGCUCAACCC